AUGUUGAGGCUGGCAGAAAGUACGACGGCCGCUCUCAUCUGCGUUGACAACACAUGCAGAGAGGUGCAUUUGUACUGCGACCUCGAUGACAACGCUGGAGACAUGUACAGAAGUUGGCAGGCCAUAUUGCAAGGCAUAAUUGCAUGCGUGGUAGUCAUCUGCACCCAUUUCGACAUUACAUUACUUGCCACCCCAGAAGAGCUCUGGCAUCAUGUCUUGUCAAGGUAA